AUGAUGACACUCGAUCCCAAACUGCUCCGCGCCGUCGUCAACCACAUAGUUCUUCCGCCGGAUAUACCCGACAAAAUCGAAAAUAACCUUGCUGAGAUUAACCAGGAACUUGUGCUGCGCGUCCAGGAUGCGUGCACAGAGCUGGAAACAGCCACAAAAGGCGAAUACCGAGAAGAGCUGGGCUUCCUCCGAAGUUCCCUGGAACAUUGUUUCCUCAUACACACCUCUGCACACCUUGACGCGACGCAACUCCAAUGUGCCUUUCGCAGACUACAGGUCGGAGAAAUCCUAAUCAUCCAUGUUAGUGAGCAGAACGCCGGACUCUUGAUAAGACGUGGUACCGGGGACAUGGAGAAGCAGGUCAUCUUUGAAGCAUUUGAAGUCUCCGCAAAGUCGGAAAAGGUGCUCGAAUCCUUACGCGCAUUACAAUGGGACUUUCCAACCUCCGCCUCGGCAAUUCCAAACGACGUCUUUAACGAUGAAAGCUUCCAGCAAACCCUCGCCGAUUUUCUACAGAAAGCGAGCAUCGAAAGAGUUCAUAAGUUUGGAGCACUCAUCUACAAAGCCAACUCUCCAACCCUCGAGACGCGGGAUACCAAUGAUCCGGCUUUGGUGACGGGAUUGCUGAUCACCUUGCUAGAAGGAAUCGAGCAGCUGGUCGAUGUCUCUCCCAUUCGUAAACGUGUCCGAGACGAAGUUCGCCGAAAAACGUCGGGCAUCCCAUGGAGAAGAUCACCGUUCUGGCUACUCCUGCGGGUUGGCAUCUUACGCCUUCUGGAGCAAGCGACAUGCCGGCCUGUCUCGAAUGCCCUGUACAAAGCUCUGAUGUGUAUACUCCAUGCCAUGCUGCUGAACCAAGCGGUUGGAUCUCAGACUCCGGAAGCUACCAAUCUCUUGCUCAGAAAGCUUGGUCGGCGAAUCGCGAAAUUGGAAAAGGACAGAAAUCUUGCGCCGGCUUCAGAUACCAGAACCUCGGACACAUACAACACUCUUCUGGACAAUCUUCGUCCAUCCUUCAUUGCGGCGACGAGCCAUGCAAAGCAACAACUCCAGAUGGUCUGGGACAGCCACAAGUCGAAAAUUCAGCGUCGGAUUACCCAACUUAAAAUGCGGCGGGCUAGACCAGAGCACAUGAAGCUCAAGUUGACAAACAGCGCUCCUUAUCUUUCCCAGUUGCGUCAGCACCCACCCCUCACCGCCGCACCUGGAGGUGUAUACGUUAUGCCGCCCACCUUGCUGCGUUUCCUUACAAAGUAUUCGGAGCUCGCAGAGAUGGAAGCAGAAAUCUUGGCCCGACACGGACCAGUCACCCCCGCCAGCCGUGAGACGUGGGCAGAUUCCACCGCAAGGCUUGCAAAGCAGAUUGAGAUUUAUCUCGACAAAUCAAUGGGCUCAUUUGAGGUCGGCUCCGAGAAUCAAAGUUGUAUGAUUCUGACGACAAUCUGGCUAUGGGUUCUGAUGGACAACUUGUUAUGUCGCUUUGUACCCGAGUUCUCAAGGUUCCAGCCAGUCUUCACUCCACAAAUCCUUGAUUGUUUACGGCUCUCCUCGUUCUCUGAUCUGUGUCGGCUCCAGCAAAUUCAGACUUAUCUUGCUCAGCGUCACUCGAGAGAUUCCGAUAUCACUUAUUCACGAACCAUCCUAGAUCGUCCUGUCUCGGGCUGCUUUGCUGAUCGCUUCUAUGAAAGUCUGCCACCACAUUCUGAAUUCCACCGACUGAAUCAAAGUAUAGAGCGGACAGAGGAAGAGCGAAAGCAAGACAAAGAAACAGAAUGGGCCGAAAAAGAUGCAAGACAUCAGCAACUGAUGAGAGAUUUCUCCGCCGCCAAUUGCCAUCUGACGAUAACAACUGUUGGCGACCGCCUGGUUCCGGAGCAUGACGAGCACAAGUGUAAUAGAUGCAUUUUGAAGAAGGCCGCUGACAGAAUUCGUAUCGAGAAAAUCGAAAAAGCAAUGCCUCCGAAUCGCGCCGAGGGAAGAGCUGUACUUUUCGAACUGUUGUGUCCCGCUGCCUUCACUGCCUAUCGCGAGGCUACAUGGUCUAUUGUUGCCAGACUCGCUCUGCCAAAUGUUGGGCAAACAAGGGACGAACCGCACACGCUGGUCGAAGGUUAUUACUCGAAGUUUUGCAAUGUGCGGCGGUCGUACAUUGGUAGGCAAGGACUAACUCUGGCCUCCCGAACCAAAUCGUUCUUGCAAACCCACUAUCGAUACGCUCACUUCCCGGUUCCCAAAGAAAGAAUUGCCGUCAACAAUGGGUUGAGAUUUGAAUAUUACGAUCGCACACGUAAAGUCUGGCUCGCGGAACACUUACAGCGAGUGACGUUCGAUCAUCACUGUAUGAUUGCUCUCCCUCGACAAAGCCCAUUUGCCAAAAUUGCGUUUCCUUCCAGGAUCUCACCAGGCUUUGGGGACAGCGGGAGUGUCGAAAAUUUAAACGUGUCACAGUCAAGAGCUGUUGUGGAAUACUUGAGUGCUGAUGCCGAUAUCACGUCUAACGAAAUUCUCGCUGGGCUACCUCGAUGUCCGCAAACUCUUGGGGUGCCAGAGUUUCUGGCUUUCCAAGGACUGAUAUGUGGUAGCCGCCGUUUAUGGCUGGCAAUCCUUGUCGAGCUAGGCUCUUCGAAUCUCAACUUCAGCUCUGAGCCAGUUAUGAUGUUGAUUGAGGCACUGAUACGCCGAACCGGUUCUCCACAAGGAGACACAAUGCAUAUUGCAAACGUUGUCUUCCGCGAUGCCAGCUUUUGCAGAGCGCUCUUGGUCCAAAUCGAACGGCGCCUGCUAAGCAUAAACUCAAAUCCAAGAGAGAAUUACUGCAUGGAAAUCUUGAUCAGCUUGAUCCUAAAACUUCUUGCUCUCGGAGACAGACUUGCCUGCAAAAGAGCUCUCGAAUUGCUUGAAACGGCCAGGGAGAUCACUAUCCAGUGGAUUAGGAUGCUCCGGGAGGAGUUCUACAACACUACCAACGACGUUGCUUCCGAUCAAAUCGCUCUCUUUAUCUUUUGGGCUGCUUUGUUAUGCAGAAGGACGUUCACCAUGUUCGCUCGAGGACAGCGGGGUUACCAGCCAGGCUGUCUAACAUCGACCAUGGAAUGUAUGGAUAACGCUAACGCGGUGCCCAUUUCUUCAUCAGCACUGACCACCUUCCUGGAAGCUUCCGUUGCAUUACAUGAAAAUCAGCCGGUGGAACCAGAGAAGCUUCGACCGCUACUUCGCAGCAUAUUGAUUCGGGACGUCAAAAUGGUUUCUCGGCUUCAGGAGAGUCUGGAACAGUCGCUCGAAAAGCACCCCCGCUCCUUGAUCAUCGCUGCAGUGCAAGCAGGCGCGAUAAGUGGUGAAGCUGCCCCCAGUCGAUCUGCAUCACUUUGUUUUGUCGAGGAUUCUGCCGGGAAGUGGGCAAGUCUACUUCUCUCAGGCAAUCGGCACGUGGAACUCCAAGUAAUUCGCUUUCACCUUGCAGCAGGAACGAUACUGCUGAACGACAAGGCCGUCGAGAAAGAGCUUCCGCACGAGCUUCGCCAUUCAGCAGGCAUCACCCGGCUGUUCCAACACCAGAGACUCGUUGUCUGGCCUUGUGCUUUCUCUGGGAUGACUUACAAAGUUGCUUUCAAUAUUGAAGGUCACGAGGUUUACCUUGGGUUCCGGCAAGGCGUCCCAGUUGUCCGUGCAUGGGCGAAAGGCACACUCUUAGAAUACCUACCCGACUCCAUUUUUUCGCAGGGUACGACCUCUGACAUCCCGGCCUCAUUGAUAGAAAAUUGUGUGCACUGGCUCAACUUGGAAAAGAAUGUGAUUGAGGUCAGAAAGGAGCCACGGAUAUGGAGACAUAUACCUUCAAACUGGACUAUCGAUCUCCGGACCUUGAUAGCCAAUCGCAGAGGCUCUAUGUUGCUUGACCCUCGCAGCAAUCUUGUUAAUCACUUUGCGAACAUGUUCAAGGGAUUCGAGGAUCCACGACAUAUCACAGUAUUUCAGCCGUCGAAAGGUGCCAUUACGGUCGAUCUUCGUCGCUUUGAGCUCAGUUUCUUUGUGAAUCUCAAUGGCCUCCUAGAAUGUCAGCAAUUUCGAGCAGAGAUCGAUCCGAAUCAGGACGCAGGAACCUGGUAUGGACUUUCAUCGAAGAUCGUCCUCCGUGACGUGGAAAAUCCAAAGCGCAGAAGUGUCAUCGUGCCUCUAGGAUCUCUGACAGCGCAGCGGAGGGGAAUUCAUGUCAACAUUGAGAUACAAAGUGCCGAUCGUGUCUAUGCGCGUUACUUCUUGGAUGACGUACUGGGAAGAGUAACUUGUGCAUCAGAGCCUCGUCUCUUUUACACAAAGGCACUAUUGCACGCAUAUACCUCCUUCUGCCUUCCAGAUCCCUUGACAGGAAAGACGGGAACUGAAGAGGCGUGCCAUGUUCUGCAAUCUGGGAGUUCUCAACCGUAUGGACCACUCAGCGACGCCAAUAGAAUGAUACUCGGCGCCAUUGCGAAAUUGGCCCCGGUGCGGCGAUUCUACCCGCCAGACCUGCGAGUUAUGGAAGAGGUGUUGUGGAACGAAGGUCUCACAUAUUGCAUACAGCAUGAUCAAUACCUCCCACUUGUUGCUGAGAUCAACCGGAAAUCCGCACUACUUUCUCGAUUUGACCUGGACAACGACCUUACCCCUGAGACCCAGGGCUUGUCAGGAAUAAUAGAUACUGGUAUGAACACGACAGAAUCCAAUUCUCAUCUUUCUCAAAGAAGUCAGACGCGUCAAGGUCUUUACCAGCGAUUCCCUAUAGCGGCGGUGGCCAGUCCCGGACAUGCACCAGAUCUGAGCUACGAUCCUCGUGGAUAUCGCGAUUACAGACAAAGCCAAGAGCAUGUUUUCCAAGCUGCUCGUUUGAUCUACACAUGGCCGGCGAAGGUACCAUCUCCAACCCUUUUAUCUCUGAUGUUUCAGGACUGGCCCUCUAUCGGUGGUUAUGGCGAUGAUUCUAUCAAACAUGAACCGGUGCGACUGACGGAUUGCCUCGAUGUCGAUCUAGCCUCCUCAUGGGGCCAGCUUGUCAACCUUUACCGCGUGGACGGCCGCCCUGAAGCAAGGUACAAACUCAUGUUCAUGACGGCUUUGCUGUGUUUCAGAGAAGAAAUCAACAUGAGGGCUAUUCAGACUCUCAUCGCCUUCGCAGUCCUUGAUGAUCUAAAAAGUGUUGAUUUGCCGUCAUGGCCUUGGUACACGCAAUUCCGUCCAGGAUUUCGUCCAAAGAUUGACUACGUUAGACAGUUGCUGAUCCCCUGCUCCCGACCGUUCUCACAAUCAGAGGGACAGGCACACACUCAGAAGGAGAGGAAGACUGUCGACAUUGCAAGGAAACAGCACGACGGUAGAGUGGCAAAGCAGCUGGAUGCUCUCGCAGAGUUCGUGUGCAAUCAAUGGCCAUGCCCUCAGCCAAACUUUGAGGGAUUUGUAACCGAUGUACUGGACAUGGAUGCGGCUUCGGCGUUGAUCGCGGUGGAGUGGAAUGCCAUGUUCCGGAAUCAUGAAUUUGAAGAGCAUAUACGACAGGUUCAGGGUCUCUUGGAUAGAUAUCGCUCGCCCCUGCCCCUAAGAGGAGAGAGACGCUUCAAACAGAGUCUCUCACCAUCUGCACCGCGGGGAUUUCCCUUGAUAUGCUCUGAUUUGCUCCGAAAGGAUGGGCCUCAGAUGCCUUCUCAACGAUCACUGGUUCAGAAACAAACUGCUCAUAGAGCGAGAACAGAUGCUAGUCAAUCCAGUCAGGACAUCCGUGAGUUGAAAAAGAUCGUUCAGCAAAUGCCCACAUCGGGAUCCUUUGUCAGGCAGGAAUACCUUUGCGGCCUUGUCCAUUCGAUAUCGGCACUUGAAAACUUUCGAGCACAACCUGUCGAAGAAAUCUCAACCUUUGACAUGAAUCAGCUGGAACGACUCAUCGCUGAUGCAGAAAACGGUGUGAAUUCAAGGUUCGCCCUGUUGAUCCGGGCUUUCCAGAAAGACGAGCCUGGUGCGCCAUGGCUGCAUGCAGUUGGACUUUGGCCAUUGACGACCUACGUCUCCGUCUUGGAGACUCUACGCAGCACCAGCUCCGUUCCGCUAACAUCAUCAAUGCGGGCUGCAGUCGUUGAUUUCGGUGUUGCUGUCACUCGCUUGCAGCGAUUUCUUCGUAUGCAAGACGCGUCUUUGCGCAAAAAGAUCCAACAUCUGGACGACGAAUUGAAAAACUCAGGUCAUUCAAAUUGGGAUCCAAAUGAUUAUCCUGACUGGGUGCUCCUGGAGAUCGAUACAAACAUUCUCAUCCGACCCAUUCAAGUAGAGGUCGCAUUGGCAACCAUAUCGCCAGCAUCUGGUGCAAAUUCCGUACUGCAGCUCAACAUGGGCCAAGGUAAGACGUCAACAAUCAUUCCUCUUGUGGCGUCCAUCCUAGCAAACGGCCAGUCGCUGUGUAGAGUUGUUGUGCCGAAAGCCUUGCUGUUGCAGACUGCUCAAUUACUACAGCUACGACUGGGCGGGCUCUUGGGAAGAGAACUACGCCAUGUUCCGUUCUCGCGUCGCACUCCUUCGAAUCCAGAAAAUAUUCAGGCAUAUUGGGAGAUCCACGAAGCUAUGCUAAAUAAAUCCGGAGUCAUCAUAGCACUUCCGGAGCACAUCAUGUCCUUUAUGCUCUCCGGUCGACAGCGCCUAUUGGAUGAGAAGACCCAGGAAGCCACACAAAUGAUCAAUGUGCAGAAGUGGCUGACCACGAAAAGCAGAGAUGUAUUCGACGAAAGUGACUUUACAAUGGCAGUCAAGACGCAACUUAUCUAUCCGUCAGGCCCGCAAAUUACCGUUGACGGUGGUAACUAUCGGUGGGAGGGUGUAGAAGCUAUCCUCAAGCUUGCAGAAUCCCACCUGUAUGUUCUGGAGCGGUCUUAUGCAUCCAGUAUUCAAGUCGUCCGUCGCGAGACUGGGGGAUUUCCAUUCGUCUACUUUCUCCGAACCGACGUUCAAAAUGCACUUAUAGAGCGAAUAGCGACAGACAUCUGCAGUGGGCAGACGUCACUGCUGAGCGCGGAGAAUUUCUCUGCGUCCGACAUGAAAGCCAUCAGGGAGUUCAUCACUGAGGCAAAACCGCAUAAGAAUGUGAUAGGCUGCAUCUCAGACAUUCACAGAAGCAGUCAGGCAGACGGAUAUGUCAUCUACCUUUUGCGAGGGCUGCUUGUUCAUCGCAUACUGAUUCUCACGCUGAGUAGACGAUGGAACGUCCAGUACGGCCUCCAUCCCCUCCGAGACCCAGUGGCGGUGCCAUACCUGGCGAAGGGCGUCCCAUCACAUCUUGCGGAAUGGGGCCAUGUUGAUGUGUCGUUACUGUUUACUUGUCUCUCAUUCUACUAUCAAGGCCUAUCUCCGCAGCAACUGAAACAGAGCCUCGAGGAGAUCCUCAAAUCGGACGAUCCAGCGCGGGAAUACGAGCAAUGGACCCAAAACUCGAACGGACUCUCCGAUCGACUUCGGGAUUGGACUUCCAUAAACCUGGAAGAUAGCCUUCAGCUGAACGAGAUAUGGUGUGGUGUUCGUCAUAAUGUCACGGCAAUCGACCAUUUUCUCAACAACUUCGUGUUUCCCAAGCACGCAAAGCAGUUCAAGGUCAAGUUACAAGCAAGUGGCUGGGAUCUUCCUUUAGCUGGCAACGGGAGCAACCUAACCACGGGUUUCAGUGGCACCAACGACAACCGGUUGUGUUUGCCGCUGACUAUCCAGCAGGAUGAUCUCAAGGGACUGGCGCACACUAAUGCCGAGGUCCUGACCUAUCUGUUGCAAGACCGGAAUCAGGCAUACAGCCUCGCCGGUCGGAGAGAUGUCUCCCAGGGACGAGCAGUCUAUCGACGACUAACCGAGCCCGAUCUCCUGCGCAAAUUGUGUCAUAAGAAAAUCCGCAUUUUGAUCGAUUCUGGCGCGAUAAUAUUGGAGAUGACCAAUGCGACCCUCGCUAAAAUGUGGCUUGAUAUUGAUACGGAGGCACCAGCAUCCGUAUUCUUUGACGACAGUAACAAAGCCACGGUCUUGUAUCGAAGUGGACGGAAAGUUCCCUUGCUGGCAUCCCCUUUCGCUGAUGAUUUGAGCAACUGUCUGGUGUACCUGGACGAAUCACACACUCGAGGCACAGACAUGAAGUUCCCGCCCGAUGCUCGUGGUGCAGUGACACUCAGUCUCGGUCAAACCAAGGACCACACCGUUCAAGCCGUCAUGCGUCUCCGGCAAUUGGCGACUACUCAAUCUGUCACUUUUUUCGCACCGCCCGAAGUCCAUCAAUCGAUUCUUGACUUUCGCAGUAAAGGAGAACACCAGCAUCUCACCUCUCGGGACGUGGUGUGCUGGCUUCUGGAACAAACUUGUCAGGGUCUUGAAAACCUCCAACCACUUUAUCACGCUCAAGGCGUCGACUACUGCCGGCGAGCACAGGCGGAGCGUGACCACCCUCUAUUUUUAACCAAUUCCACUGAGCGUCAUGCAUAUUUAAACGCUCUUCGAAGGUAUGAACAACAUUCUCUACAAGCGCUUUACGAGCCACGUUCGAAGAAGUCAAGAAAACGUCUUCGAGAUGAAAAGUUCGACGACAGUCUCGCCAAGCACAUCAAGCAGCUUGAACGGCGGCGGAAGGCUUUUCAGGAUACCGCCAAUGCGGUUCACGCCUCGGUGUUGCAGGAGGUGGAGCAGGAGCGCGAGGUAGCCGUUGAAGUCGAGACGAUUCGCGAAAGACAAAACCCUCUAUACUUCCACCCGGUGACCUUUUCUGGGCUCGCGGCAGAGAUCCGAGACUUUGUGCUGACCGGUAGGCUGAGGCCUGAUGACAAGAUCUGCGAAAGAGCAUUCUCGUACAUGGCUCGGACUGAGACAAGUCUGAAGUAUCCUGCAAGCCUCCCGGCAACCCCACAACUGCUUGUCUCUGCGGAAUUCCGACGUGCAGUCAUCGUGCCUUCUGGCAAACCCAACGAUGGCUUCCUGCGGCCAGUCCAAUAUGUCCUCUGGAGCAUGAAUAUAGAAACUGCAAUUCUAGUCAGCCCCGAGGAGGCGGAACUUCUAAUAGACAUAUGCCAAAAUGCCCCGAAGAAGGUGGUCUAUCUACUGAAUUAUGCGGCGCCUGUCACGCAAAAGAUGCUCCAAUUCAAUGACUUGAAUUAUUAUGCCGUGCCACCGCUCCCAGAGGGCUGGCGUGCACCGUCGUGGCUGAAGAUUCAAAUCGGCAUAUUCGCCGGACGCCUAUACUUCCCCUUCGAGGAGCUUGAGCCAAUACAGGCGUUCUUGGGGCUGCAAGAUAGCCGUUUCACACGAUCCCACCAUGGAUUGAUCUCGGAAAUCGAAGAACUGCGCAUUGAUGACACAGGGAGCUCCGAUGAGAACCAGCAGCCGGCGGGCGAGGAACAACCGACUGCAAAUGAGACGGCAGUGACCCAGCAGGCGCAGGCCGCUAAAAUAGGGGCCACCAAAAUGCUGAUUUUCCUGCACGCGUGGCUUGGUACCAGAAGCCGAGGUCAAGACUUCACUCACACCCCGAUGGGAUACAUUUGUGCCCGGAAACUGUUGACCCAGGAUCAUUCAUUCUUCCGCGACGUCGCGGACGACGUGGCGAGGGCCAAGAUCACCCAUACCAUGGCGGACGACACCUCAGCCGCAUUCCCGGUGGGCGGGGUUGAUGACGAACAGGACAAUGCAUCCGAUUUGGAGGACGAGGAGUUGGACGAGCGCCAGAAACUGACGGAGGAAGAGCUGAGACAAUCGGAGGAGAUGGACUUGGCGCCAGAAGAGAUUACUGUCGGGGAUCACGAAGGCGACAGUCGGGAGGAGGCUGAGGAGGGUCGUGCGGACUUGUUGUUCGCCGACGAGUGA